GCGCGAGGGAGCGAGUCGAGGAACCUGCACCGCGGCGGCGGCGGCGGCCACCGGUCGCGGCGAGAUGACGGACGGCCACCUCUUCAGCAACAUCUCCCUCGGCGGCCGCGUCGGCAACAACCCUGGCCAAUUUAGGCUUCAUUCAGGAGGGGUUGCAUGGAAGAAGCAAGGUGGAGGAAAGACCAUUGAUGUUGAUAAAGCUGAUAUAAUUUCCAUGACAUGGAUGAAAAUCCCCAGAUCUUAUCAGCUUAGUGUUGGGACCAAAGAGGGCAUCCGGUACAUGUUCAAAGGCUUCCGUGAACAGGAUGUUAGUAACCUUACUAACUUCAUACAAAAGAACACGGGAAUCGCCCCAGAGGAGAAGCAGCUUUCUGUUAGCGGGCAUAAUUGGGGCGCGGUUGAUAUCAAUGGCAAUAUGCUUAGUUUUAACGUUGGCUCAAAGGAGGCAUUUGAAGUCUCUCUGGCAGAUGUUUCUCAAACUCAGUUGCAAGGAAAAACUGAUGUUGUUCUUGAGUUCCACGUCGAUGAUACUACAGGGGCUAAUGAGAAAGAUUCGCUGAUGGAUAUGAGUUUUCAUGUACCAACAUCAAAUACUCAAUUCAUUGGGGAUGAGGAACGGCCUUCAGCUCAUAUUUUUUGGCAGAAGAUCUUGGCCAUAGCUGAUGUUGGCUCAUCAGAGGAGGCUGUUGCUGCCUUUGAGGGAAUUGGAAUUCUUACUCCAAGAGGUCGGUACACUGUUGAGCUUCAUAUGUCAUUCUUACGACUCCAAGGACAAGCCAAUGAUUUCAAAAUCCAGUAUAGCAGUAUUCUUCGCCUCUUUGUUUUGCCAAAGUCAAACAACCCUCAUACCUUUUUGGUCAUUACACUUGAUCCACCAAUUCGCAAAGGACAAACAUUAUAUCCUCACAUUGUUAUUCAGUUUAUGACAGAGGCAGUACUUACAACGGAGCUGUCAUUAAGUGAGGAGGUUUUGGCUGAAAAGUACAAGGAUAGACUGCAGAGUUCUUACAAUGGUCUAGAACAUGAGGUAUUCUCCAAAAUCCUCCGUGGCCUGUCUGGUGCUAAAGUGACAAGACCAAGCACGUUCCGCAGUUGUCAAGAUGGAUAUGCUGUGAAAUCAUCACUUAAAGCUGAAGAUGGGUUGCUCUAUCCUCUUGAAAAGGGCUUUUUCUUUCUGCCCAAGCCCCCAACACUCAUUCUGCAUGAGGAGAUUGAUUAUGUUGAAUUUGAGCGUCAUGGUGCUGGUGGUGCUAGUAUGUCGUCUCACUAUUUUGAUCUCCUGGUCAAGCUAAAAAAUGAUCAAGAACAUCUCUUCAGAAAUAUCCAAAGGAAUGAAUAUCAUAACCUUUUCAACUUUGUCAGUGCUAAGAAUUUGAAAAUCAUGAAUCUUGGAGAAGAUGGCGUUGAAGGAAGUGGUGCCGUUGCAGCUGCUCUUCAGAGCACUAUAGAUGACCCUGAUCCAUAUCUGAAUGGGAUUAAAAAUCAGGCUGGUGAUGAAGAAAGUGAUGAAGAGGACGAGGAUUUUGUGGCGGACAAGGAUGACAGUGGAUCCCCUAGUGAUGAUUCUGAAGAGGAGGGUUCUGAUGCUAGCUUAAGUGGAGGAGAAAAGGAGAAAUCUUCCAAAAAGGAAGUUAGUAGCUCAAAGCCACCUGCGAAGAGGAAGCCAAAGAGUGGGGAUGCGGAAGGUUCAGAGAAAAAAAAGGCGAAGAAGAAGAAGAAAGAUCCAAAUGCCCCUAAAAGAGCAAUAGCUCCGUUCAUGUACUUCUCAAAGACUGAGCGAGUUAAUUUGAAGAACAGCAAUCCCGAACUGGGGGUCACAGAUAUAGCAAAGAAGCUUGGGGAGAAAUGGCAAAAGAUGUCAGCUGAGGAGAGGCAGCCAUAUGUCGAGCAGUCCAUAGUGGAUAAAAAACGCUAUGCAGAUGAGACUGCUGCCUACCGUGGUGCGGCUGCUGCUCCUGUGGACGUAGACUCUGGUGAUGACUUGUCGGACUGAAUUGUAGGAUUGGCAGUUGACUGAAGGAGUUAUUUCAAGUUCCCAGUAUAAUUAGGUAUCCGUUCUUAGCUGUAGUACCUGGUGAGGUGGUCACUCAGUUUCCGGGUUUACAAAGGACAUAGUAGAUGAUGCAGGAACAGUGUCACUAGCUUUUCCAAGAUAGCAUUGUUUUGCUACGAAGAACGAAUUGUCAGUGAUUGUGGUAUGUUACUUGCUUGUUCGCUCCCAGAAUGUGUAAGGCAACCUUGGUGAGGCCGAGGCGGAGUGUGGUGCUAAA